GUAGCUAAUAACCAACCUGGGCAUUUGGACCUUCUAUAUUUAUAUUGAUGUUUAUCCUCACUUCGUCAUAUAAUGCAAACAUGAAAGCAACAUUCUUAGGUCAAGAUAAGACCAAACAGCUAGUGCAUUUUUUAAGUUUUAAAUGUCUCCGAUAAGAUAUUAUACUGUAAUAAGACCGAUGAAUUCAGUCUAAAUUCAUCAAUAAAACUUCAGAAUAUAUAUGUGUAGAAUAUAUAGCUUGAAAUGGAAAGAAAGUUGAGGAAGCGGCCAAAACUUGUAAUAAUUGAAACGGAUUCGGAGAACGAGGCAAAUUCUGUGAUUGUCUUGAGCGACUCUGAUCAUGAGGAAACGAAACUUUCAUAUGAAAACCAUAAAGUGAAGAAAUCAACGAAUUUAAAAAAAGAGAAAGUAUCUAAGGAAGACGUCGAAGAAGCUUCGAGUAAAGUAGGAAAGAAAAGUUCUAAAGGAAUUAAAAGAAAAAAGCAGGAUACAGGUGAUGUACCCAAAUUGAAAUCUAAACAACUGAAAUUGUCACCAGAUCGUGUAAAAAAUUCUGUAGACAGUGAUGUCGAUAACGAAGAAACAUGUACCUCGGAAUAUACAAGGAAGGAGUCGACAAGUUUAAAAAAAGAGAAAGUAGCUAAGGAAGAUGUCAAAGAAGCAUCAAGCAAAGAAGGAAAGAAAAGGUCAAAAGGAAUUAAAAGGAAAAAGCAGAACAUAGGUGAUGCACCCAAAUUGAAAUCUAAACAACUAAAAUUGUCACCAGAUCGAAUAAAGAAUUCUGCAGACAGUGAUGUUGAUAGCGAAAAAAUAUGUAAAUCAGAAUAUACAACUACACAUGCAAAACUGGAACAGAAAGUAUUUGAGGAGAUGUUACCACCUAAUAGCGAUACUUCAUAUCCUGAAAAAAAUCAUGUAAAAGUGGAUGUUUUAAAUCAAAGCACAGAAGAUGAGAAAAAUGUAAAAAAGAAAAUCAAUAUCGCUAAAAUUGAAGAAAAAUUCAAAAAUGUAAGUUGUCGUGAAUGGUCGGAAGCCCAAUAUCUCAGUGAAAUUCACAAUAUCGAUGAGUAUCUAGCAGACAAUGUAGUUAAACUAUUUAAUGAUGAGAAUACAAUUCCGUUCAUAGCUAGAUACAGAAAGAAUAUGACUGGUGGCAUGGAAGCAGAAAUGUUAAGAGUUUUGAAAGAAAGUUACGAGCGAGCUAAGUUAGUAAAACACCGUGCUGCUAAUAUUAUUAAAACAAUUGAUAAGUUAGGUAAAUGGACGCCGGAAGUCCAUGCUUUUAUUAAAGCAGCUAAGUCUAUUGAAGAAUUAGAUCAUGUUAGUUCUUUGUACAAAACUGCCUCAAAAAGUUCUUUAGCGGAAAGGGCAAGAGCAUUAGGAUUAGGUAUCGUUAGCGCCACCGUUCUACAGGGUGAUAAUCUGCCAGAUUUAUCCUCUUUGGUCGAUGUAAAUAAAGAUGGUUUGCAAAACAUCCAACAGGUAAAAGAAGGUAUCGUGAACAUUCUUGCAGAUGUUCUCAGUAAGAAUCAGUACGUUUUUGAAAUGAUUCGGGAAUUACAGAAGACACCUCAUGUACAGAUAGAAACCAAACAGGCAAAAAUUGUGAAAUCUAAGAAAGAAAAAGAUGAGACGAUAAAGGAUGAUAAAACAAAAUAUGAUAUAUACUUCAAUUUCAAGACAACGGAGAGGAAUAUCAAACCCCAUCAAAUUUUGGCCAUCAAUAGAGGUGAAUCACAAAAAAUUCUUUCUGUGAAAAUCCAUAUUCCUGAUUGGUUUGAGCAAAGACUUAAAAAUCAUUGUCUGAAUCAAUUCCAACAUGCCCAGAGAGCAUCGCAACUGCACCACCAAUUGUUGGAAGAAGGUUUUGGUCAAGCUUACAAACGUCUGAUUAAACCUUUAAUUACCCGUCGAGUUAGAAGGGAAUUGAGUGAAAGAGCGGAAACAGCCUCAAUCGAAGUGUUUGCAACAAAUCUGAAACAACUACUUUUAGUACCACCAGUUCGAGGAAAAAUUGUCCUUGGCGUAGAUCCUGGUUUUCGCCACGGUUGUAAACUCGCUGCAGUAUCGGAGCAUGGAACAGUCUUGGAGUGUGCUACGAUUUAUCCUCAUUCUCACUCUUCACAAACGAGGCAGGAGGCAGAAAAAAUUCUGAUCAAACUAGUGUGCAAACAUCAGUGUACCGUGUUAGCUUUAGGUAACGCAACAGCCUGCAGAGAAACUGAAGUUUUCUUGACCGAUUUAAUCCAAGCCAAUUCCUUCGCACCACUGGAUGUUUCCUAUGUAAUAAUCGAUGAGGCUGGUGCUUCGAUUUACAGUUGUGGCAACGAAGCUAAAUCUGAAUUUCCAAACUUGGAUCCGAACUUAAUUUCAGCAGUUUCCAUAGCGAGGCGUUUGCAAGAUCCUCUCGCGGAAUUGGUCAAAGUAGAACCGAAGCAUCUUGGUGUUGGAAUGUAUCAGCACGACUUACCAGAAAAGCAAUUAGUUCAAACACUAAAUGAGGUAGUAUCCGAGGCAGUGAGCUUUGUUGGAGUAGACAUCAACACAGCAUCGCUCUGUCUCCUGAAAAGAGUUGCUGGUCUGAACGUCGGAAGAGCAUCAAAAAUAAUAGAAUGGAGAAAUCAACACGGACCAUUCACGGACAGGAAACAACUUACGGAUGUGAAGGGCAUCGGGAAUAAAUCAUUCGAACAAUGUGUUGGAUUUAUAAGAAUCAUGCCGAAGACUGCACUGACCAAGAAGUCGAAGAAUUCAUCUCAAGAACUCAAUUAUCUGGACCAAACUUGUAUCCAUCCAGAAUCCUACAGUGUGGCCGAACAUUUUCUAAAAUAUUGUGGAUGUAACAUCGAAGACCUUGGCACUGAGAAUUUCAUUAUGAGGAUAAAGUCUUGCGUGCGUAGAGGAAGCGAAGCCCUGGCCAAAAUGUUUGAGACCAACAAAGCAACCAUGGAUCUUAUCAUUCAAGGCCUGACCAUGAAACUCGAUGACGAUAUUAGACUGAAGAAUAGCUUUCCCACGUUUAAAAAAAGUUUAACCAGUAUAGACGACUUAAAAAGUGGCACAGCAUUGUUUGGCACGGUACGGAAUGUAACUCAUUUUGGGGCAUUCGUUGAUAUAGGUGUCGGGAACAGUGGACUUAUCCCUACAAGAAUGAUGAAAGGUCAAACACUUAGCAUCGGUCAACAGCUCGAAGUUAAAGUUAUUUCCAUAGAGAGAGAACGCCAAAGAAUUUCUCUAGAAUUUAUUAAAAUUAUACAGUAGAGUCGAUUUUGUAAUAUAUUUUUCGUUUACUAAUAAUUUCCGAUUUAUAUAUUUUAUUUUCACGCAAACCUUUUACAUCGUUAGAUUCGUCAUCGCCGAUCGAUUAGCGCGUACAACACAUUUCAUUAUUCAUUUCAUGGAACAUCGCGUGUUUUAUACAUUUAACAGAUUAGACUUAAGUUAUAUCAUUUAUUUCCUACCUGUGAUACGUAUUACUAGGUACUAUAUUUUUUAUAAGAAAUGUUGCCUAUACGAGAAAUACAUCUUAACUUGGAUGGCGAAA